AUGUCCUCCGCCACCCUUUAUGCUGCGAUUUCCUACCCAUCUGGGCACUCUAUGGCUCACUGGGCUCUUCGCCUCCGGGAGCGCGCCGACGGCCAGGUGAAUGACACCAUAUACCAAGCGGCUGGCAGUAGUGGAUCCCUCGCCCUUGAUGUCCGGGAAGGUGUAGACCCACAAUCGUCGCUGCGUUUCAAGGAGCGCGUGCUCGUCUCGGAACUCGAUGACAAGGCCAGUCGAACAGCGCAUGUGCAACGAGAUCCCGACUUGGGAUUCGAUAACCCUGAAGACGCCACAAUGGCGAAAACCAAGGUUGCGAAGACGUUAAAACCUAUAUCCAAUUCGUUUCCAUCUAGCACUGCUUAUCUUCCCUUCGUGCACGGCGGAUCGUUUUGGCACGGACAGUAUUCAUGGACUAAUAUCGUAGUUUUUGGAGAUUCCUACAGUAUGUGUACUGACCCUGAAGACAAAGGCGAGGAUGAAACAUGGGCGCAUCAUCUAGUGCGCCAAAUGAUGCAGCUUCCUUCCAGUGUCACCGUGCGCAAUUUUGCAGUUCGCGGCGCAACUGUCGAGGAGGAUUUGUCGGACCAAAUAUCGCGUUACUUCGUGAAUUUUCCUCGUCUAAGACCCGGUUCUUCCGACAAUGCACUAGAUGCGGCUGGGACAUUAUAUGUGUUCUAUCUCGGGAUCAAUGACUGCGGAAGAUCCUCAUCCGACGAACUUCAGCCCAUUGUAGAGAGCAUGUUCGAUGCGGUCCACAAACUUUACGUCAAAGCUGGCGCGCGCAACUUCCUAUUCAUCGACAUUCCGCCGAUUGAUCGCUCGCCCGGUGCCAUUGACACUGCCUGCUGCGACGACAUGCAAGAGUGCGUCGACACGUGGAACGCCGUCUUGCGUGAUCAAGCGGACGAAUUUGCCUCUGGGAGUGCGCUAGCGACCGUGCUGGUUUUCUCUUCGCACAAAGUGCUCACGGACGUACUUGACAACCCUCUCGAGUACGAGUUCACUGAUGACGACGUGAAUGGAGAGGGUGAGAUUUGGCAGGACGAACUGCAUCUAGCUUCAGCCGUUCAUGCCAUCUUGGCUGAACGCUUAUUGGCUGCGCUGACUACCUCGAGUGACAUGCAAGCUACACAAUGA